AUGUCUUGGUUUGCUGAUCUUGCUGGGAAGGCAGAAGAUCUUUUAAACCGAGUGGAUCAAGGAGCUGCAACAGCUCUCAAUAGAAAAGACAAUGCCAGCAACAUCGUCUAUAACAAAGUUUCUGACUCUCCUGAACUUCAGCAGCACCACACAGACUUGACUUAUCAGACUGGAUCUAAAGCUGCUUACAUUUCCUCAGCAGCUUAUCACAUUAGAAAUCAAAAGGCUACCAUCUUAGCUGGCACUGCGAAUGUAAAAGCAAGCCCUCGGACACCAGGGGAGGCCUCCCAUCCUGGUGAAAACGCAUCCUCUCCCAGGCCUUCGUCCCAGUUUGUUCGCAGGAAAAAAUCAGAACCUGAUGAUGAGGUGCUGUUUGACUUUCUUAAUAGCUCACAGAAGGAGCCUUCCAUGAAGGUGGAAAUCAAAAAAGACAGGGUCAAGACACCUGCUCAGCCUUCUCGGACGUCCAGCGUCAGCUCUCUGAAGCCCAGUGUGACUGGCACAAGUGCCCCUGAAGAAAGUUCUCCUGGGAACCCGAACCAUGAAAUAUCCACUAAUUCAGAUGCUGGCCCUGAAGGCCAAGAGGAUUCGUCAAAAGAAAAUGUGUCUUCAGAUGCCGCAUGUACUGACCAGACCCCAGUAUCUAAAGAUGACAGCAAGUCACACGAGCUCUCGAACCUGCGACUGGAAAAUCAGCUGCUGAGAAAUGAAGUCCAGUCUUUAAAUCAGGAAAUGGCCUCCUUGCUUCAAAGGUCUAAGGAGACUCAAGAAGAAUUAAACAAAUCAAGAGCAAGAGUGGAAAAGUGGAAUGUUGACCAUUCAAUGAAUGAUCGAAUAACCCGAGAGCUUCGAGCCCAAGUUGAUGAUCUGACUGAAGCAGUGUCUGCGAAGGACUCCCAGUUAGCUGUGCUCAAAGUGCGGCUACAAGAAGCUGACCAGCUCCUGAGUGCCCGCACUGAGAUGUUGGAGGCCUUACAGAGUGAGAAGUCAAGGAUCAUGCAGGACCACACUGAAGGUAGCAGCCUACAGAAUCAAGCUCUGCAGACUCUUCAGGAGCGCUUGCAUGAGGCGGACGCCAUGCUCAAGAGAGAGCAGGAUAGCUACAAGCAGAUGCAGGGUGAGUUUGCUGCGCGCCUCAGUAAAAUGGAGGUGGAGCGACAGAACUUGGCAGAAGCAGUUACCCUGGCAGAGAGGAAGUAUGCGGACGAGAAGAGGAGGGUGGACGAGCUCCUGCAGCAGGUCAAGAUGCACAAGUCCAACCUGGAGGCCGCCAAGCAGGAGUUGAUCGACUACAAGCAGAAAGCCACUCGGAUACUCCAGUCUAAAGAAAAACUGAUUAACAGCUUAAAGGAAGGUUCUGGUUUUGAAGGCUUGGACAGCAGCACUGCCAGCAGCAUGGAGCUGGAGGAGCUUCGGCACGAGAAGGAGCUGCAGAGGGACGAGAUCCAGAAGCUGAUGGGCCAGAUCCACCAGCUGAGAUCGGAACUCCAGGAUGUGGAAGCGCAGCAGGUUAAUGAAGCAGAAUCCGCAAGGGAGCAGUUACAAGACCUGCAAGACCAAAUAGCUCAGCACAGAGCAUCUAAACUAGAGCUAGAGGCAGAACUGGACCGCCAGAAGCAGGAAUUCCGUUAUAUAGAGGAAGACCUGUAUCGGGCAAAGAACACAUUGCAGAGCAGAAUUAAAGAUCGAGAAGACGAGAUUCAAAAACUCAGAAACCAGCUCACCAACAAAACUUUGAGCAGCAGCAGUCAGUCGGAGUUGGAGAGCCGCCUCCACCAGCUCACAGAGACCCUGAUCCAGAAGCAGACGAUGCUGGAGAGCCUCAGCACGGAGAAGAACUCGCUGGUCUUCCAGCUGGAGCGUCUGCAGCAGCAGAUGAGCGCCGCCUCGGGAAGCGGCAGCAGCGGGCCGUCCAUCAACAUGUCGGGAAUCGACAACGGCGAAGGCACACGUCUGCGCAAUGUUCCUGUCCUUUUUAACGACGCAGAAACCAACCUGGCAGGGAUGUAUGGAAAAGUCCGCAAAGCUGCCAGUUCCAUUGACCAGUUCAGUAUCCGCCUGGGAAUUUUCCUCCGAAGAUACCCCAUCGCCCGGGUGUUUGUAAUCAUAUACAUGGCUUUGCUUCACUUGUGGGUCAUGGUCGUCCUGCUCACCUAUACCCCAGAAAUGCACCAUGACCAGCCAUACGGCAAGUGA